CCAAAAUGACCAACGUCGUACAGAGUUUCUCUGAGUUUUUCGCAACCCUUGGUUUGCCGACUGUUUUGAUAUUCGUGACAGUGUUGUUGUUAAGUAUGUGGAUGCUGUCGUACAGCAAUUCUCGGGUGAACUGGCCACCCGGACCUGUCUGUUUCCCCGUGGUGGGAUGUCUCCCUCAGCUGAUGAUCAGCGGUAGAAGACGACAACCGACAGAUCUUCUUCCAUGGUAUGAUACAUACGGAGAUAUCAUGCACAUCAAACUUGGUGAACAACACAUGAUAAUGCUGGGCACAUAUGAGCUGAUAGAAGAGGCUUUCGUGAAAAAUGCAGCAACAGUCAGUGCUAGGCCUACCUGGGCAUAUUUUAUAAGACGAUUAGUCGGAAAAGACGGUGCUGGAGUUGUCUUUAAAAACGGACAUGCAUGGAAGGAGCUAAGGAGAUUCACGCUCUCGUCUCUUCGAGAUUUCGGCCUUGGGAGAAAAAGUUUGGAAGAAAAAAUUCAAGAUGAGGCCAGAUACUUGGUUCAAAACAUUGAAGAUGAAAAUGGAAAGGCUUUCUCUCCCAGCGCCAGGAUUGGGAAAGCUGUCAACAACAUUAUUUCUAUCAUAGUGUUCGGAGCUAGCGACGUACAUUUUAUUUUCAACGAUUUCAGACAUGACUAUAAUGAUAUGCCCGAGAUGCUGUCAGUGUUGGAGGAAUACAUGAGAAUAGGUCAAGGACCUCUGUCCCUCACUAACUUUGGCCGCUUCCUGAUACCGGAGAAGAAAUUUGUCCUCAAAGACACAUUUUAUUGUUUGGUACGACAGGAAGUAGAACGACACCGUCAUUCCUUUGAUCCGACUGACAUCCGGGACUUUAUUGACCUCUAUAUAAAGGUCACUCAAGAGAAACUAGAUCCAGAGAUUUACACAGAAAGGAACGUGUUCCGAAUCAUUGUUGAUCUAUAUUUGGCUGGAACCGACACAACAGCUAAUACUUUGAGAUGGUCCCUGGUUCAUAUGGUAAAUCACCCGGAUGUACAGAAGAAGAUGCAGCAGGAAAUUGAUCAGGUCAUAGGUCAAGGUCGUGUUGCCAAGAUGGAGGACAAGGCCAGGAUGCCAUUCACUGAAGCAACCAUGCUGGAGGUCUUUCGCAUGUCUCCUAUUCUUUCCUUUGGUGUUCCCCAUGCAACGAGCGAAACUACAAUUUUGGCCGGUUACACCAUUCCCAAAGACACCAUAAUACUGGGAGAUUUGUACCGGGUUCUUCACGAUAAGAAUAACUUCGAGGAUCCUUACAACUUCAAACCAGAAAGGUGGCUUGAUGGCGAUGGUAAAGUGAUCAAGUCGGACAAAAUGAUAUCGUUUUCCAUAGGGCCUCGUGUUUGUCUUGGUAAGGGCCUGGCUGAAAUAGAAUCGUUCAUUUUUUUCACCACAUUGCUUCAGAACUUCACCUUCAAGGUACCGGAGGGGGAAAUCCUGCCCAGUGGAGUGGAGGGUCUGCAUGCCAUCACUUUCUCGCCACACGAUUACAAUGUGUGCGCAGUUAGGCGCUAGAAAUAUACUGACUGGAACAAUAAACUGAAUCUUAGUUUAUAGAAAGCAGAAUUUUACCCCAUACCUCACUUACUAUAGAUAUCAUUACAUAUACACCUUUGGCAUUGAAAUUAAGCACAAAACACAGGGGUCAUUUUGAACUAAUUUGUUUGCAAUUUAUACAUAAACCCCAGCAAACGUUAGACUGCGUAUUUUUUCUCCAAAUUGCCACAUUCAAUGUAGCUCGUAAUAUCUUUGGCAAAGUGUAAAUAAAUUCUUUGUUCAAACAAGUUGCAAAGUAUUCGCUUUUUUAUAUCUUGCCCUGA